AUGAACAGUGGGCAUCAUAAAGUCAAAAAAAGAGCGAACCAUCACCGAAGGCGAUUCUGCACGCGACCAGGAAGGACAAGCGCAUGGUGGGACAAUUUUAUCAAUGGCACAAUGAUCGAAGAAGAAUGGAGAGAGAAUUUUAGAAUAUCUAAAACGUCAUUGUUGAAGCUAGCAGAAGAGUUGAGACCGUACAUUGAGGGAAAAGAGACCAUCAUGCGUUCUCCUGUGGAUGUUGUGAAGCAAGUUGCCUUAACUCUAUAUUACUUGACCGACGAAGGUCGACUUCGAAAGACAGCCAAUGCUUUUGGAGUUUCAAGACAGGUAACUUCUAAAAUAAUACGUAAAGUAUGCAAAGCCAUCAGUUUACACCUUGGAAUAAGUAUAUACAUCUGCCAAAAACUGAAAAUGAAGUAA